UAAUGAGGUAGCGUAGGACGACCGUGGCCAAAAGGCAACCCGUGACCAUGCCAGUCCUCCCCAGUCUGCCGCCACGGUGACACAACGCCGCGGCGCUGCACCACGCAUCCUACCGCCCAGAUUUUACUCGGGGAACAUUCGGGACACGUUGAGUUCAGUUUGCUAACACUUAUGGCAAACAUGUUCUUGAUGUUACUGGUGGUGACACUCUUGAUAGAUGGCAGCAAAAGUAGAACUCUGGACGGCGGGAGAGGAGCUUCAAGUUUUAGACCUCAGCACCCCAUGGAGAUCGCGGAGAGGGACGCUCACAAUGGAGACGUUGUGUUCGGGCUCAAUGACAUCCAGACCGGCGGAAUGGAAAAAGAUGGAGGUGAUGGACACGUCAUAGCGACCAAUGAACCAUCCGGCAGCGAUCCUCCUAGUGGAGAGGUGGAGCAUAACGACGUUGCCUCACUGGGAAACGUUGCAACCGACGAGGACGCUGACAACGAGGAGGAAGGGGUGUCGUAUGAACGCAUGGAUCCAGAGCCUGAGGAAAACCACAGCUUUGACGUUGAUGUGUUCCAAGGAGAAAGUGACUUAGUAGUGAUUAUGAGACGCAUGUACGAGUCACUUACUAAAAGAUUGAAUCUGCUCAAGUCCAGAGUGACGAGCGUGGAGCAGACUGCCAGGGACAUUCUCGCCAGGCUGACGGUAAUGGACUGCUCUGACCUGAAACAAAGCACAAGUGGCUCUGGCAGCUACGAGUAUACCUUCCACAUGGACCACAACGGGAAGAGGCCAGUCACCGUCGUCUGCGACAUGGAAACGGACGGCGGGGGUUGGACGGUGGUGCAGCGACGCCUUCCCCACUCCAAGGCUGUCAACUUCGACAGGAGUUGGCACGACUACAAAGUGGGGUUCGGACACGCCAGCACAGAUUACUGGGUUGGAUUGGACAAUUUGUACAUCUGGACUAACGCGAGACACUACGAGUUACGCAUCGAGUUGUCAGAUUUCGAGGGAGAUACUGCCUAUGCCCAGUACAGCCGAUUCUACGUGGAAGGGGAAGAUGAGGGGUACCGACUGCACGUGUCAGGCUAUAGUGGCACUGCAGGGGACUCCUUAGGGAAUGAAGGCAAAUCGGACAACUUCACCGCCAACGGCAUGAUGUUCACCACCCACGACGAAGAUCACGACACCUCUCACGAGAUCAACUGCGCGAAAUAUUGGAAGAUCGGUGGGUGGUGGUUCAACCGGUGCUCGUGGGCUAAUCUGAACGGGCCGUACAGAGAGCAGGGAGAGGGUGACGGCAUUGGGAUCAAUUGGCACAUGUGGCGUAACAAAGAAUAUCUUCGCUCCUCCAUCAUGAUGAUCAGACCGUCCAGGGACCCGUAAAUUGUGCGCUGCUUCCUUCCAUGAGCUGGCUUCAAACUGUCACCUUUAUACAUAACAUUACGCUUGAUCAGGCCGUCGAGGGACCUGCAGGUGCUGCUUCCACCCAAGUACUGUCUUCAAACUAACGAAAAGACUUGUGUAUAAAAUAAUGCUGGACAAUUCUGAAAGUACUUUGUGUCUGUCGAUACAAUUAGGGAGUAAAUUAGGAAAAAAAUUAUAAUUGUUGUGACUCGUGUGGCAAAUCAAUUAAAACCCGCCAGCCAAAUAGAAAGUGACGGGUUUAAGGUAAAGUGGUUCACUCUUUAUUAGGAUUCGUGGUUACAAGAAAAUGUGUGAUGAAAUUGGAAAUAAACAAACAAAUAAAAAAUAAAUGAAUAAAUGAUCAAACAAUCAAGACAAACAAACAAAUAAACUAAGAAAAUCCAAGACUGUUCAGUAAUUAGCGUGUGUUAUGUACAGUGGUGUGUAUGAAACCUUUCAUUUAGAAUUACCUAGAUCAGUAAAGCAGUGGUGAAGAGAGUACAGGAAUCUUUUCAACGAUCCCUUCUCAUUUAAGGUAUUAAGAUGAAGCUAUGCCAGAUGUGUCAAUCCAGUGUCGUAGAUAUUGAUGAAUUAUAUUUUGAAAUAGAAAUAAA